UAUUCUUCUACGUAUGGUUUAAAAAAAACACGAAUCACGAGCUUCCCCAAAACUCCGAUAAUACUCGUAUAAAAUAAAAAGACAAAAUCGCACCAUAAUUGAACACGCCCACUCUCUGCCGACCAUCCCCUCCCCGCUCUCUCUCUCUCUCUCUCUCUCUCUCUCUCUCUCUCAUUCAUUUAUCCAUGGCGAUUUCUCUGCAACCGUGUCGUUUCACUACCCGGACCGACCUCUUCGCGCCGGAGACCAGAGUCUUCCGCUGCCGGAAACCUAUCUCCGUCAGAUGCUCCGCCGGCGAGACUCCGUCGGCGUCGGUGGCCGUCGAUUCGGACUUCGAUGCGAAGGUGUUCAGGCAUAACUUGACGAGGAGCGAGAAUUAUAAUCGGAGAGGGUUUGGGCACAAAAAAGAGACUCUUGAGCUCAUGAAUCGCGAGUAUACCAGUGAUAUCAUAAAGACAUUGAAGGAGAAUGGGAAUGAGUAUACUUGGGGAAAUGUGACUGUGAAACUUGCGGAGUCGUAUGGUUUUUGCUGGGGAGUUGAGCGGGCUGUCCAGAUUGCUUAUGAGGCGAGAAAACAGUUUCCUGAGGAGAAGAUUUGGAUAACCAACGAAAUUAUUCACAAUCCCACAGUCAACAAGAGAUUGGAAGAAAUGGAGGUGCAAAACAUCCCUAUUAAGGAUGGGAGUAAACAAUUUGAUGUUGUUGAUAAGGGCGAUGUUGUGGUUUUGCCUGCUUUUGGAGCUGCAGUGGAGGAGAUGAUGGCCUUGAGCGAUAAGAAAGUACAAAUUGUUGAUACAACUUGUCCAUGGGUAUCGAAGGUCUGGACUACUGUUGAAAAGCACAAGAAGGGAGAGUACACGUCUAUUAUUCAUGGGAAAUAUUCUCAUGAGGAGACUAUAGCUACUGCAUCAUUUGCAGGAAAGUAUAUCAUCGUGAAGAGCAUGGCUGAGGCUACAUACGUUUGUGACUACAUUCUUGGGGGUGAUCUUGAUGGAUCUAGCUCAACCAAAGAGGCAUUUUUAGAGAAAUUCAAAUUUGCAGUUUCUAAGGGGUUUGAUCCAGACACUGACUUGGUUAAGGUUGGUAUUGCAAAUCAAACUACAAUGCUCAAGGGUGAAACUGAAGAUAUAGGAAAAUUAGCGGAGAAGACAAUGAUGCGCAAGUAUGGCGUGGAAAACGUCAAUGAGCACUUCAUAAGUUUCAAUACGAUCUGUGAUGCCACUCAAGAGCGACAAGACGCUAUGUAUAAGCUGGUGGAGCAACAGCUGGAUCUUAUGUUAGUUAUUGGGGGGUGGAACUCAAGUAACACGUCUCACUUGCAAGAGAUUGCGGAGGAUCGUGGAAUUCCAUCUUACUGGAUUGACAGUGAGAAGAGAGUCGGUCCCGGAAACAGAAUUAGUCACAAAUUGAUGCACGGUGAGCUGGUUGAGAAGGAGAACUUUUUACCAGAAGGUCCGAUCACAAUAGGGUUGACAUCUGGUGCCUCUACUCCUGAUAAGGUUGUUGAAGAUGUUCUUAUCAAGGUGUUCGACAUAAAGCGUGAAGAAGCUCUGCAACUAGCAUAAGUUGAUGUCUGCUAUUAAUUUCAGAGAGAAUAAUAGUGUUGUAUUCCAUUGAGAUGAAGAUUUCAGAGGAAGUUUCCUAGUGCUGUAUUUUAUUUCGAUGAAUAAUUGAAAAAGUGUACCACAAUCUGUAAUGUAACAUGUACCGCGUUGUAUGUAUAGAAGGUCAUGGUUUUACA